AUGGACAAUGACACAACCGACGACCAGUCAGUGCAGGCUGAGCUUGCCAAUAUAGUAUACGUCGACUCGGAAGCUACCCAUUUCAAGAAGGACAUGGGCUGGCUGUCCAUUGUCGCCGCUUCCUUUGACUGCAUGGCAACGUGGAAUACGUUUCCGUCGACGCUGCUGGUAUCUUUCGUCUACGGAAGACCGGCCGCCACAGUUUGGGGAAUUCUCCUCGUUGGGCUCAUUUUCAUUCCCAUCUCCAUCACGCUAUGCGAACUGGUUUCUGCGUAUCCCACUAUCGGUGGCCAGUACCAUUGGGUAGGUAUUCUUGCUCCUCCAAAGCACCGCCGAAUCAUCAGCUAUAUUUGUGGAAGCAUCAGCUGGUUCUCAUGGGUCACCCUCGCUGCUGCAAGUAUGGGCAGUCUGGGGAAUUACAUGAUUGCUUUGAUAUCGUGGUACGAUCCAGAUUAUGUCAUUAAAAAGUGGCACGUCUUUCUCAUCUUCCAAUUCACAAACUUACUUAGCUUCGUGGUCAACGCAUUUGGCAUUAUUUUCAGCUUGUUCGCCUGCAUUACUAUUCUCAUCGCCAUUCUUGUCAGCCAAAAGGAAAAGCAAUCGUCCGAGUUUGUCUGGACGACUCUCACAAACAAUACUGGGUGGCCAUCUGAAAUUGCAUUCCUAAUUACUCUAAGUGGUCCGACCGUAAUGUACUGUCCUAUUGAUGGCGUCGUCCAUCUGGUUGAGGAUACCAAAAAGCCCAGGGUCGUUAUCCCAAGAGCAAUAAUGUCUGCACUCGUCUUAUCGUUCGUGUCAGCAACUGCAUUUGGGAUUGCCACAACUUAUUGCAUCUCAAACUUCGAUACCGCUCUCGCGUCAAGAAUUGGGUUUCCUGCUUUUGAGAUUUGGCGACAAGCCAUGAACUCAAAUGCUUGGGCCGUCGCAUUUAUGGUGUUUCUUCUUGUCAUGGUGCCAGCCGGUACUUUCACCACGGCCCAAAUCGUGUCCAGAAUGACUUGGAGUUUCGCCAAUGACAAAGCUCUGCUCUUUUCGGAUCGCCUCAGCAGCGUGUCUCCCAAGACUAGAGUCCCCCUCAUGGCUCUCACUUUCAAUGCAUUCCUCAUAUUUCUCAUUGGUUGUCUCUAUCUGAUCUCAUCAACUGCCUUUAUCGCCAUUUUGAACAUAUCGGUCGUCUUGCAGCAGAUCACGCUUGCCUUUCCCUCCGCCAUGCUCAUCUACCGUCGGCGCGACCCUAAGUACCUUCCGAAAGACAGACCAUUCAAGGUUCCCAAUGCUAUAGGAUGA